AUGAUGAAUCAUCCACAAUCGAAUCAUUCAAAUCUGCCCAAUUCCUUGAUGAGCAUUGAUGAGUCUUCCGAAAUGAACUCUGAUAAUGAGACUCAAUCCUACGAAGACCAUCUGAAGGCACAGCGUAACUUGCAUCGUCAUUCGUUCCAUCAUUCGCGGCCUACUUCUUCAAGUACCUUCCAUACUGCCGUCCAAGGACCAGCCCCUCCCAGACAAAAGCAGCGCAUGUCCUUGCGUGAGCAAUCGACUGACAGUGCCUAUCAAAAGAAUCUUCAAAGUUUAGCAAGUGCCUUGGGACAACGCAAUUCGAUACUGUCUGAUGCAACCACAACAACAAGCUUAUGGGAUACCGUUUUGGAAUCUGUUCAGGCUGAUGCAACCAAAGCGCAGAAUGAUCAUCAUGACGAUUAUAAUCAUCAUCAUCACGACGAUCAUCAUGGGGAUCAUCAUGGUGGUCAUGGUGGCAAGGUUCCACAUUAUGCACCUCCUAUGCAACGGGUAUUUUAUGGAAAACCCCAAGUGUUGCCUCAUGUCAAUUGGGGCGACUUGUUUUUUGACCUCUUCUUUGUCGCGGCGGCAUACAACCUCGGUUCUUUAUUGAUAUCAAGCCUCAACGAUACAGAUUGGCUCCGGGGUACCGUAUACUUUGUGGGAAUCUUUGGGGCCUUGUUUCAAACCUGGUACAGUGAUUUGGCAUUCUCGUCUCGCUACACGGUACUCGAUCAAGUCCACCACUUGAUUUGGGGCCUGAAAUUCUUUUCCGUGGCUGGGGCCAUGGUCUUUAUUACUCCCAUUUCGCUCAUGGCAGAUGCACAUUCCUUUGAAACAAUUGGUUUCAUUGCAGCCAUCUUAUUCGAAGCCUUGAUAAGCAUGGGCUUGACGAUUGAAGUUUACUUUAAGGCAGUGGGAGACCGAACUCCCAUUGAAAAUCAUUCCUGGAGGACCAUUCAAAAUUAUCACUUGCCUACCGUGGUCAUGUAUACGACUGCUCUAGUGUUGGCAAUUUUGGCAUAUCCCAAGGAUGAGGAUGAAUCUACUUAUGACACUACUGCGGAUUAUUAUGGCAAUUCUGAGAAUAGUACUGCAGCAACGUAUGGGACAAGACGUGAAUUGGCGGCGGCCUCCGAUUUUUCUUGCAGUUCUGGCAGCCGCUUACUGGUAGUCCGUAUGCUGGGGGCUGCGGAAGUGGAAUGUCCUGACGAUGGUCGUCGUUUCUUGGCGGCUGCUGCUGCUACUGACGAUGAUUGCAGUUGUCAUACAGGCGCUCUGCUAGAAAUGAGGGACUUGCCGUUGGGUAUUAUUUGCUUUACUUAUUUCUUCAAUAUUUCCUUUUCGUUGAUGAAAUCUAUGUUCUUGGCCUCCGGAGAUCAGACGAAUAUCCGCGACAGAUUUGUGCCCAACAACUUGGACUAUGUCAUUCAUAGAUAUGGAGAAUGGAUUAUGCUCAUGAUCGGAGAGAGUGUACUGUCUCUAUUGAUCGUCGAAACUAUAGAGUCAUCUGAUUACUUUAUCAUUGCCAGCUUGGGAGUCUUGAAUGUUAUGUGCGUCCAUACCCUGAUCUUUGAAUCUCAACCGAGUACGUCGAGCGGACACGCCAUUUUUCGUUCCUUCAAUGGUCAAUUGACGUUUGGGUUGCUAGUCCAAGUACUUUCGAUGGGUUUGAUUGCCUUUGGAGUUUGUUUCAAGAUUAUGCUGUCUACAGUUUUGGCCGAAGCGAGUUCCUAUGGGCGGCGCUUGGCGGGUUCGGUCAGUGUCAGCAACGAAAUGACAGCUUCCUUAUUUUCCAUCUCGUUGACAGUCGUCUUGAUUUCACUAGAGCUCAUGUUGGUGACGCAUAAGGGUAUGACUGAAACCUUCCAAAGGUUAUGGAAGAACCGAGAUGGCGGUUCCAAAGGUAUCAAUAAAAAGAUUCACAAGCCACUCCUGGCACUCACCAUCGCCAAGGGGGGAUUGAUUAUCUUUGUUGCUACAUUAAGCCAAUGGGAGAACGAAUUGACUGAAAUUUCUUGGAUUGGAUUGUUGGUUGUCUUUGGCAUGCUGGCUUCCCGCGUCAUUGCUUGGGGACUGGUUCACAAGGAAGACGAAAUUCGAGAACUAUUUUCUAAUGGUCUGAAUGCGAUGAUGCCCAAGAAGCAAAAAGCUGGACAUCCAGGUCCAACUUCCCUCAACGACAUUGAAGAAGCAAAUGAUAUUUCUAUGGAGAUUGCGACCAACCGUGAUACUUGGGACAACUUGGACGAUUGUGUUGUAGUAUGUGGCAAAGGAGGCAGUAUCAAAUAUGCCAACAAGACGGCACUGGCUGAAUUUGGUUACACGUCGGAAAACAACAUGAUUGGAAAGAAUAUUGACACUGUGGCCAGCAACCACCAUCGUGAAAACGACCGACGGAAGGCGUUUCAGGAUAUUGGUAAACUGGAAUCCCAUCGUGAGAGUUGGGACGAUUCCAUGGAUAUCGUUGUGGUGAUUGACCGAAAGGGGGUUAUACAAUACGCUAAUUCAAUGACUUUCCAAGAAUUUGGCUACGAUUCAGAAGAAGAACUUGUCGGAAAAGAUAUUUCCGAACUAGUCGGCGGUGGCGAAGCCAUGAAUCACGGUAAUUAUAUGAAAUCAAUGGAAGGGGGCAAGGUUCCUUCAAAGGUGAUUGGGCACCAUCGAGCCUCGUCCAACAAGAGCGGCAAAAAGCGAUUGCUGUACGCCAAGCGAAAGGACGGAACAGAAUUUCCAUGCAUGAUUGGUCUCAAACCGAUUGGGCCCAAUUACAUUGCAGGUUUCAUCAAGAACCUGUCCGACCUGUCAUCAAUACCAAAUUACAAUAAGGAGGAAUUCCUUACUGCCGCAUCUGAGGGAAACGUUGAAGAAGUAAAGCGAUUGCUUGCCCAUUCGACUAGUGUCCUCAGCAUCAACGAAGGAGACUACGACAAGAGAACGGCCUUGCAUCUUGCUGCAGAUUAUGGUCACGAAGAGGUUAUCCAACUGCUUUGUGAAGCUGGCGCUGAUGCCAAUGUGGUAGACAGAUGGGGUAACCGCCCACUCGAUGAUGCCAUCCGGGGCCGACACAGCGACUGCGUUCAUCUCCUUAAAAAGCUUGGGGCCCAGAGAGGCCUCAAACCGACCGUUUCCGAUUUGAUUGCAGCAUCGGCUAAAGGAGCUACUGAUGAAGUAAGAAUCAUUCUAGAGGAAGGAGACGCGGACAUGAAUGGAUGCGAUUACGAUGGACGGACGAGCCUGCACUUGGCAUCUUGCGAGGGCCAUGCACAAGUGGUGGAGGUGCUUUGUGAGGCUGGAUCCAAUAUUGAUGCGACAGACCGUUGGAAUCGAACACCAUUGGACGAGGCCGAGUUGCGCGGAAACAUGGCUUGCAAGGAAAAGCUACUACAUUUUGGAGCCAAAGGCAAGAGCCGAAGUACGGAUUCUGAUACAGAUUCGGAUUCGGUAGGCCUUCCAGAAGUCCUGGAAGAAACCGCAGAUUCAAUCAUUGUCUCCAACUAUGAUGGCGUGAUUCAAAAGUUGAACAGGACAGCAUUAGCGGCGUUUGGAUAUAAAUCUGAUGCAGAGCUUGUUGGUCAUAACAUUACUUUACUUAUGCGGGAUGAAUACGCUGGAAGAAAGAGCUUUGGUGGAAGCCCUCAAACGCAACGAAUAUCACAUGGAAGCCACAAGAGUGGUUCAACGUUUCCCUGCAUUAUAAACGAACGAAAGGACGAACACCGCCAGCUCAUCAUAUCCUACAUUAAGGAUGUCAGUGACUUGACCAUGAGAGGUUCCAUCACCAUCAGCUCAAUAAAUCGACAACUUGCUUCAUAA